AAAUUUUUAAUUAAGAUAUGAGAUAGUUUGCAGUCUCUUUGUUCAAAGUAUCGUAAACACAAUUUGCUCAAAUACCAAAAUUCUAUUUCUCAAAAAAGGUAGUGAAUGUGCCUACAAUGGGUGAUUCAAUUACAGAAGGAGAUGUCAAGGAAUUGCAAAAGAAGGUGGGAGAUUAUGUGAAUCAAGAUGAUGUGAUUGCAUUGAUAGAGACAGAUAAAGUCACCAUUGACAUCAGAUGUGCAGACUCAGGAUUGAUUACAUAAAUGUUUGCUGCUGAUGGUGCUAAAGUUGAAGUUGGCAAACCCUUUUACGAAAUCGAUACUACAGCUGCUAAGCCAGCUGGUGCAGCAGCAACUCCAGAAACUAAGAAGGAAGAAAAGAAAGAAUAAAAGCAAGAAGUGAAAUAAGAAUAAAAGCAAGAAGCACCUGCAGCCUAAAAGAGCACUCCUCCUCCAGCUGCAAAACCUGCUGAGAAGAAACCUGUGGCUCCAUCUGUUACAACUCCCACUUAGAGAACAGAAAAAAGAGAACCAAUGUCAAGAAUGAGACAACGCAUCGCUUAGAGAUUGAAGGAUGCUUAGAAUACUUAUGCAUUGCUUACCACUUUUUAGGAAUGUGACAUGAGUGCUGUUAUGGAGGCAAGAGAAGCCAUGUAGAAGGAUUUCUAAAAAAAGCACAAUGUCAAAUUGGGGUUCAGUUCAUUCUUCAUUAAGGCUGCUGUCAAACAAUUGCAAGAACAACCCAUUGUCAAUGCAGUUAUCGAUGGCACCGAUAUUGUUUAUAGAAAUUACAUUGAUAUUUCUAUGGCUGUUGCCACACCCACUGGACUCAUGGUACCAGUACUCAGAAAUUGCGAACGUCUCAGUUUCGCUGAUAUCGAAAAAACACUUAUUGAUUUAGCUGAAAAGGGGAGACAAGGAAAAAUCUCCGCAGACGACAUGGUCGGUGGUACAUUCACAAUCUCAAAUGGUGGAGUUUUUGGAAGUUUGAUGGGAACACCAAUCAUUAAUGCUCCUCAAUCUGCCAUUUUGGGAAUGCACGCUAUUGUCAAUAGACCAGUUGUCAGAAACGAUUAAAUUGUUGCUCGUCCUAUGAUGUAUCUUGCCUUGACUUAUGAUCACAGAAUUCUUGAUGGAAAGGAUGCUGCCACUUUCCUUAAGAAAUUAGCUACUUCAAUUGAAGAUCCAAGAAGAAUAUUAUUAGAUGUUUGAAUUAUCAAUUUUAUACAAAUCAAAAAUAGGGAAAUUAAAUAUUCUAAUGCAAUUA